AUGGCGGCUUCAAUCUCAAGAAUUUUGCCAACAGAUGGCAGAUUAAGUCAAUGCACUUCAUGGGUUCCGAUUACGAAAAGAGCUCAAACUCAAUUUGAUUCUUCCAAGUUGUUUUCGGUUAGUAAAAGUGGAAUAAGUCUGAGGAUUCAGAACGUUAAACCCUUACGAUCCUCUGUUUUUGCUCUUGAACAUUCCUCCAGGAGUAGUCGAGUUGUUUGCAAGGCUGCUACAGAUGUUUCAGGUGAUGUACCUGAAAGCAACCCUAAGGAACUUAGCCAAUAUGAGAAGAUUAUUGAGCUUUUAACGACCCUUUUUCCACUUUGGGUUAUUUUGGGAACACUUGUUGGCAUCUUCAAGCCAUCUUUAGUUACAUGGUUGGAAACAGACCUCUUUACUCUAGGUCUAGGAUUUCUCAUGCUUUCCAUGGGAUUAACUCUUACAUUUGAAGAUUUCAGAAGAUGUUUACGUAAUCCAUGGACGGUGGGUGUUGGUUUUCUUGCACAAUAUAUGAUCAAGCCAAUGCUAGGUUUUCUCAUUGCAAUGACUCUUAAGCUUUCAGCACCUCUUGCAACUGGUCUUAUCCUGGUCUCAUGCUGCCCUGGGGGACAGGCAUCGAACGUUGCAACCUACAUUUCCAAGGGGAACGUAGCACUCUCUGUACUCAUGACAACGUGUUCAACCAUCGGGGCUAUUAUAAUGACUCCUCUUCUCACUAAGCUUCUUGCUGGCCAGCUUGUUCCCGUUGAUGCUGCUGGACUUGCUAUUAGCACUUUUCAAGUAGUGUUGGUGCCUACUAUAAUUGGAGUUCUUGCCAAUGAGUUCUUUCCUAAAUUUACGUCGAAGAUUAUAACAGUGACACCUCUAAUCGGAGUCAUUCUGACCACUCUUCUCUGUGCCAGUCCUAUUGGACAAGUUUCUGCGGUUUUGAAAACACAAGGAGCUCAACUUAUACUCCCGGUGGCACUCCUUCAUGCUGCAGCCUUUGCUAUUGGCUAUUGGAUUUCAAAGUUUUCUUUCGGCGAGUCCACUUCCCGCACCAUUUCUAUAGAAUGUGGAAUGCAAAGUUCAGCGCUCGGGUUCUUGCUUGCACAAAAGCAUUUCACAAAUCCUCUCGUAGCUGUUCCGUCUGCAGUCAGUGUUGUCUGUAUGGCGCUCGGCGGGAGCGGCCUAGCCGUGUUCUGGAGAAACCAACCGAUUCCGGCAGAUGAUAAGGAUGACUUCAAAGAGUGA